AUAAUAAUAAGCAAAAAAGAAAAAAGAGAAGAGAAGAGAGGAAGAAACAGAGAAACAAGAAUGGAGAUUUCUCCUUACUGUCUGCUUUCUCUUCUUCCCAUUUUCCUCCUCUCUGGUUUCUCCCUUUCAUAUGAUGAAUUUGAUCAUCAUGCGGCAACAAGCAGAGCUCUUCUUCAGGCAAGGACAACCUGCAAAGAAGAUUUUGCGAGCAAGAACUACACAAUCAUAACAAGCAAAUGCAAAGGUCCAAAUUAUCCCGCAACUGUGUGUUGCUCUGCCUUCAAGGACUUUGCUUGCCCUUUUGCAGAAGUUCUUAACGACGAAAAGAACGAUUGUGCCUCUACUAUGUUCAGCUACAUCAACAUCUACGGUCGUUAUCCUCCUGGAAUCUUUGCUAACAUGUGUAAAGAGGGUAAAGAAGGUCUCGACUGCACCAACGUCACCCAGCCCGCAUCCGCAACUUCUGAUUCUAUCCCUCAAGCCUCCUCAACUGCAUCUCUCGCUCUUCUUUCCACCUUCCUCGUUCUCUGUCUUUUCUUCUUGUCUUCUUCGUAAAGUCUUUUAACAACACAUCUCAGAUCAUGUUCCAUGGGUAAACAGCACAUCAUAUGUAUGCAUGCAUCUUGGUGUUAUGUAUUAAACUCCUUGUCUUUUAAACUUGUCUUGUUUUACCAUUUUAAUCGUGGAGUUUUAAAACUCAACAAGUAUACAUACAUACAUACA